UAUUCGAGCAAUUCAUCAUCCUUCCUGUAUUUUUGUAGCUGUUUCAUUAUCAUAAUACCAAAAACUUCCUGUAGCCUCGAUAAGUGCGUAUAGAUUUCGACUAAAUAACAGCAGGAACAAAACAGGACAUGGAAACUACUAUGUAUGAGUGUAUGUGGCUAUCACAAGCAAAAGUUGAUGCUGUAAAACAGAAAGCCCUCCGGUAUCAGAAGGGAAGAGGAAGUUGUGUUCUUUUCAUUUUGGACUUUUCUGAGAGCAUGAGAGGGGAACCUUUAAGGCAGAUGAAGCGGGGAGUCGGGGCGAUACUAGAGGAGUUUGAUGAACAACCAGAUCUUGAUGAGAAUGUUUCUGUGAUUGUUUUUGGACAAGAAACCAAAUUUCUGCAUUAUUAUUCCAACCAAUAUUCCACAAUAAAACAAAGCAUUGAGGAGGUGGAAUGUGGUGGACCCUCGCCGCUCACUGCCGCCUUUCUCUUGGCCCUUGGGGGACUGUACGAGGGAGCAGCCCAUACAAGUCGCAUUGGUGACUUCCAUCUCAAAAAGAGUGGUUCUUUUCACAGACGGUAG